GCCAACCUUUAUUCAUAUUUCAUGGAUGCAGGAGGCCUGCAGGGUGGACGCUGAAUGGUUGAAAUACCCAUCUUUGCCCUCUACAAUCGCAUAUGUCCUUUCUCCUUCCAUCACAGCACAUCAGCCAACCCUCACCAUCAUCUUUGGCGACAGCACCCAACGACUCCCGUCAGCAACCCUUACUAUCAUCGCCUCUGUAAUCGUCUCCUAAUUCGUUCUAUUUCCUGCUCUUUCAGAUGAACACGGAGCUGUUGGAGAUUCAACCUCAAGAAAUUAAGUUCAUAUCAAAACAAAUAUGUGGGCAAAUGGGGUUUAUCGGUUUUCUUCAUCUCCAAUAUUCAGAUUCAGAUGGAUGUUAUGUCGUCACUCCUCUAGCAAACUGUUUGUCGGAGGGACCAUUUUUGCAAUUUUGUCAUAAAAGUAUAUGUAUGCACACAGGGCUUUCGUAUGAUACACAUGAACCAGUGUUAAAAGAUGCAUUUGAGCAGCAUGGAGAAUUAAUUGAAGUUAAGGUUAUAUGCGAUCACAAGAGUGGGAAAUCAAAAGGAUAUGGAUUUGUGCAUUUUGUUUCUGAGGAGUCUGCCACCAAAGCCUUAGCAGAAAUGCAUGGUCAGCUACUGGAUGGUAGAAAUAUUCGGAUCAAUUAUGCAAACAAGAAAUAACAUCAACAAUGCCAGGUCUGGUUUUUGACAUGAAUUAACUUCCUUAGUUAGAGAUCAAGUGCAGUUAUGUUGGUUGUAAAAGUGUGUUUCUUAAGAACAGAAAUUGAUUCAAACUUCAAAGUAAACAGGUGUUUUGUUUCUUACUAAUCCGACCCAAUUACCCAAAACAAACCUAUACAUGAGUAAUAAUGGCUAAACAAGUGAUGAUAUUUGUAUGAGUCAAAUGUUCUUUACAAAAGAUAUGCCAUUAUAGAUUGAAUGUUGCGAUAUCUUAAAUUCGCAUUUCAUUACACAGAUAAUGUAAAAACACAAAUCGGAUGAAGAUAACCCAAAUUUACAAACUUAUAUUCCUCCUAAAGACAAAAAGAAAAA